ACCGCGGCGCCCCCCCGCGCGGGGGGCGCGCGGCCCGCGCGGCUCGCGCAGCGCCGGCGGGAAGAGCCUGCACUGGCGCGCCCGCGGGGCACCAGCGCAGGCCCCAUCGCGAUGUUCCCGCGCCUGGGGGCCGUGCUGUGGGCGUGCUGCUGCGCGCGCUCCAGGUAUGUCCUCUCGAAGUGCAAGCAGGCCUGGCGGCGCGUCUGCGGCUGCCUGCAGGCCUCCCCGGUCCUGCUCGUGGGCGCGCUGCUGGCCGUGGGGCUGAUCGUCACCGUGCUG